AUGGCGAUGGCGCUGGCCCUCGCGGUGGCGCUUGCCGUCGCGUCGCUCCACGCGGAGGCGGUGUGGCUGGACGUGCCACAGUCGGGGACCAAGUGCGUGUCUGAGGAGAUCCAGUCCAACGUGGUGGUGCUCGCCGACUAUUCCAUCAUGUUCGAGUCCCACCCCUACUCGCAUCCCACCAUCGCCGUCAAGGUUACUUCACCAUAUGGGAACACCUUGCAUCACAGUGCGAAUGCUACAGUUGGUCAAUUUGCAUUCACAACCGCAGAAGCUGGAAACUACCUUGCAUGCUUCUGGAUAGAUAGUGCAGAGAAAGGAUCAGGAGUAUCUGUGAAUCUUGACUGGAAGAUUGGGAUUGCAACAAAAGAUUGGGAUGCUAUUGCUAAGAAGGAAAAAAUUGAGGGUGUAGAACUAGAGCUUCGGAAACUUGAAGUGGCAGUACAGGCCAUUCAUCAGAACUUGAUAUACCUCAAAGAAAGGCUAGUCAUCUAUUCCACCAGUCUAUGGAGCAUCUUUUGUAGUUAA